UUUUUGCGUACCUCGAGAUUUGCGUCAUCACAGUCGAAAGGACAGAGAACUGAUCAUACUUCUUCCCUGCAACAGACUUCGUUUGUGCAAUUAAUAGGUGUCCUCCCAAAAUCUUUACAUCUAGCUUUGACGAAAUCAGUGGUAAAACGAGGGUUUAACAAAAAUCCGAUUCGUUGGGUACAACUACGUUAA